AGUUAAUGGUAGUGGAAGUGGAAGUUCCUCUUGAGCUGUGCUAGGGCCAACCUUGUGCUCGGUCUCAUGCAUCUCACGGAUGAGUGUUGAGUCUUCAGAAGUGUGCCAGAGGUUGCUUGGAGAGUUACAGAAAGUUUCUUUACAACUGAAUCAUCAGAAAAUAUAAAAAAAGAGUCAUGCUGCUGGUCCUGGCCUCUCUGCUAACCCUCACCAGUGGCACUCUCUCUUUGGACAAACUCAACAUGUGCAUGGAUGGAAAGCACCAGAAAACAGCGCCAGGUCCUGAGGGACAGCUUUUCCUUCAGUGCACUCCCUGGCGUGACAAUGCAUGUUGCACUGCAAACACCACAGAGGAGGCCCAUGAAGACAACUCCUACCUGUACAACUUCAACUGGAACCACUGUGGUGCUAUGAGUCCUUCUUGCAAGAGACAUUUCAUCCAGGACACCUGCUUUUAUGAGUGUUCACCACAUUUGGGACCCUGGAUACAACCAGCUGACGAGAGUUGGAGAAAGGAGCGGGUCUUGAACGUGCCCAUUUGUAAGGACGAAUGUGAACAGUGGUGGGAAGAUUGCAAGGAUGAUUUCACCUGCAAGUCAAACUGGCACAAAGGAUGGGACUGGAGCUCAAAAGUCAACAAGUGCCCCGAAGGCAGUAAAUGCAGAAAGUGGACCGAAGUUUUCCCAACACCCAAAUCCAUGUGUGAAGAAAUCUGGUCAAACUCCUACCUUUAUACUACCCACCUCAAAGGCUCCGGUCGAUGCAUGCAGCUCUGGUUCUCAGGAAAGAACCCCAACAGGGAGGUUGCUGAGUACUACAACCAGGCUCAGCAGAGCCGAAGCUUUGCUGUGACAACCCUGCUCUUCCUGGCUGCCGUGGUUUUCUCUGCAACAAAAUACUAAAAUCAAAUCUGACAAUUGAAGUAAAGAGGUUUUAAAAUCC